AUUCUUUGAAUAUUGGCUCUUUACAUUAGUAUAAAUUUUUGGAUCUCUUUUCAUACGUAUUUAAAUCAUGAUUUAUUAUCCUAAUAUUAAUAGAUUAUUUCUGAAUUCAUUGUUUAAAAUGAAAAGAAAUGUAUUCAAAAACAGUAUGAAAAAAGCUAAUUUCUGCAGUUCUCCAUCUUCUAAAAAUAAAUUACUAAAUUAUUUAUGUGCAAGAAUUGAAGCUACUGGUCCAAUUUCUGUGGCAGAUUAUAUGAAAGAAGUUUUAACGUUACCUAAAUCGGGAUAUUACAUGUCUCGAGAUGUUUUCGGAAGCAGUGGAGAUUUUAUUACGUCACCUGAAAUUUCACAAGUGUUUGGUGAGCUGAUAGGUGUUUGGUUUUAUAACGAGUGGUAUAGAGUUGGACAUCCUCAACCUCUACAGCUUGUUGAAUUUGGACCUGGCCGUGGUACUUUGACUGAUGAUAUACUUAGAGUAUUUUCUAAACUUACUAAUUCAGAGCUCAAAUUAUCCGUGCAAUUUAUUGAAGUCAGUCCUCACCUUUGCCAUGUCCAGAAGUCCAGACUUUGUUCAGAAGAAGCUGAGCAAGAUUUAUAUGGCAAGACAUUAAAGACAAAAUAUGGAUUUCCUAUUGCAUGGCAUCCUCAUUUAACAACUGUACCAGAAGCAUUUUCUUUAUUUCUUGCACAUGAAUUUUUCGAUGCUAUGCCUAUUCAUAAAUUCCAGAGAACUCCAGAUGGCUGGAAAGAGAUUUUAAUUGAUUUUAAAGAUGGAGAAUUUCAGUAUGUUUUAUCUCGCAGUGCCACACCUGCUGCAAAGCUCCUAAUUGAUAAAGAUGAAAAACGAGACCACAUUGAAAUUUCUCCUGAGUCUGGUAUUUUACUAGAUGACAUCACAAAGCGAAUGAAAGAAGAUGGAGGAAUAUCUCUCAUUGUUGAUUAUGGUCAUUAUGGUACAAAAACGGAUACUUUCAGAAGCUUUAAAAAGCACCAGCUUCAUGAUCCGUUGAAAAAUGUUGGAGAAGCUGAUUUAACAGCUGAUGUUGACUUUCAAUUCCUCAAGAAGCAUGCUGAUGGAAAGGCUGCCUCUUUUGGACCUGUCACUCAAGCAAACUUUUUGAAAAAUAUGGGAAUAGAUAUCCGAUUAGAGAAACUGAUGCAAUGUGCUACUCCAGAAAAUCAAAAGUCUCUGAAAACUGGAUAUGAUAUGCUGAUGAAUCCAGAUCAAAUGGGAGAACGAUUCAAGUUCUUAGCUUUAUAUCCUGUAGUUCUUAAAGAUUUUCUUUGUAAAUACCCACCACCUGGAUUUUAGCUUAAAUAAAAUUUGUUUUUAUA